ACUCUCGUUCUCUCAGGUAUUAUUGGGGUAUCGGUGGCUUCGCUCGCGCGACACGUGCGUGCAGCUGCGUGGAGCCUGGUGGAGCCUAGGAAAACAUGAAAAAAUUCUUGCGUAAUAAACUGAGAAAUUACGUUGACUGUUGUACUAAUUUAAAAAUAAAUAUUCUCUCCGAUACCGAUGAUAGUAGCUAGAUAAAUUCCUCGCGAAAUGGAUUGCGACGGCAGACUGUUCUUAGCGGAUAAAUUUGUGGACACUGACAACAACGACGACGAUGAUGAUAAUGAUGAUGAUGAUGAUGAUGAUAAUGACGAGGAGAUUGAGAGAGAUCUAGAGGACAAAUUAUACGCUGCUGUGUUUCAUUCCAACGAUGUAUCAUCAUCUAUGAGCAAAGACAUUCCAGCAUAUAGCCGUGUCACUUCUUUGACAGACGGGAUCACAUCGUGGAAAAGUAGUUCUGGUGAAAGUAACAAUUCCGCGAAGACGAAGCAGACCUCACGUACGAAUUUAUUUGAAGCACCAAACUCUGCGGAAAUACGUAACACCAGUUCUGGAGGUUCCUGUGAAAAUGUGUCUUAUAAACGUGCCCAACCCACAAUCCGUUAUGAAUGUAUUUCAUCUAAAGAGAAUAGUGAAUUGAGUUCUAGAGAUGAAUCCAGAGUCGGUGCGCUCAUUGUUAAUCAUAUAAAUUUCAAGAAUUCAAACCUGACCAUUCAGAGUAAUAAAGCUAAGCCCUGUAUUGACAUUGAUGACAAUGAAUUAGUGACUAUUAAGCACCGCAAAGGAAUAAGUGCUGCAGAUUUGUACGGGAGUGAUGAAACAAUUUCUGUAUUGAGCAACACAGACAAGGAGAAAAAAUCGCUUCAAUCAAAGGUUGCGACAAACCAGAAAGCUUCUCCUAAGAAAAACCCUUACUGCAACGAAUUAAACGCCGGAGGUUCACCCAGCAAGUUGUGGAAGCAAAGUGAUACAGCCGACAAAGCUGAUACUUGGGCUACCAUCCAAUUUCCUGAUACAGCGGCAAAUGCAUCACCCAAAGACCCGGUUGAAUCAUCGAAUGUUAAAGCUGAAGAUAAGGUUGAAAAGACUGAAUCCGCAGAAACUCAGCCUCAAAAUGAUUUAACUUCUACUGCAGAGAAAGAAUCUGAUAGAUCGGCGAAUAUAUACCCUGAAGACGAGAUUGGGGAUGAUGCUAAGAUGGAGCAUGAAGCUUCAUGCUCCUCCUCCUUCAGAGAUUGCUCAUCAACUGUACCCUCCAGCAGUACUUCAAGCAAGGAUGAGUCAAAAACGGAUGGACAUCUUGACGAAGCUCAGAAUAUAGGAAAUGAAUGGAGUAGCGUGAUAACAAUUGACGAUUCAGAGGAUUCGAUUUGCGAAGUUCCUGUCCCACCAAAACCUCAGCCUCCCACAAUUAAUUUGGAUGAUUCCAAUAGCUCAACAUCCUAUAAUAGUGAUAGUGGCUCACAUAAAAUAUCAAGGAAAAACCAGAAAAAACGCCACAAGAGGGCUAUGUCUAAAUCUAUCACUAGUAGUCAGAGUGCAGGAUGCACAGAAUUAACUGAAGCUAGAAAAGAGGUAUCUAUAGCACAAAAAGAAACUGAGAGGAGCGAGAAAAUCUGUUCCUCAGAUUCCUCUAUGUCUGAUAGUGACGACAGCAUGACCGAAAGUGAGGAAGAACACUGGGGCAUCAUUGCUGGAGAUCAAAUGAACAAAGAUCAACCUACUCGCAUUUUCAGUAGUGAUACCAGAAUGUCUGAGACUGUUGAAGAGUCGACUAUGGAUGUCCAGCAAGAAAGCAGCAGCCAUCCAAUUCUUGCUCACAGAGAUGGAAAUAGUGCAAUCGUAUCUGAAGAGCAGGAAACACAAGAUGGAAAUUAUCUAGACGAAUUAUUAUCACGAUAUUUAGAAACUAGCAAGAGAAUAGGUACAGACACAUCGUCAUCAGUGAACUCAGCUACUCUGGAAAAGGAAUCUGGUGGUGUAAGAGAAUUGUCAUCACUGAGGGCACAAACGUUAUCCACACCUAAUGAGAAGAAGAAAAAUUCUGAGUAUAGUCAGGAUCUAAUUAGUGAUGAUUUGCUAAUAAUUAAUGUAGCAGAACACGAAAUAACUCAAAUAUUAUCUAGUCCUGUAGCAAAUCGAGAACCACAAACAUCGACAGGAACACCGGAGAGUAGAAAGAGACCUAUGAUAGAUAGACGAAAAAAAUCUAAACAACUAAAUUCCCCAAAAAAAGCUAGAAACUCUAACGAACCUGUCGAGUCGACUUCUUCCUCUACCAAAUCUCCGAAAGAGAAUAAGGAGAAUACAAAAAAACACAGAAACUGUGCUGCCGAUUAUUUUUUCACACCUAUGAAUUCCGAGAUGACAGAUUAUUACAACAAGGCAGACGGGUCUGAAAACUUUAACAUUGAUGAUGUUAGAAAACAAAUGCCCAGAGACCCUCGAUAUUGGGCCAUUUCCGAUGAGGACUUGCUCAACUACCGGCAACGAGGCUCAAGAUAUUGGACGCGAUUGAAAUGCAGGAACUGUAGAGGCAGUGAUCACACUACUAGCGACUGUACAUCAAAAAGAAAAAUCCCGUGCUGUCACAUGUGUGGUAUCUCAGGCCACAGAGAACCGAGAUGUCCACACAAAAUGUGUCUUGGUUGUGGCAAAAAACAACUGACCUACAUGCAAAUCUGCAACGAAUGCAAAAGAGCUUGGUGCAACGGUUGUCGGUCCUAUGGACAUAUGGAAGAUAGAUGCCCAGAUCAUUGGCGACGAUAUCACCUCACAACAAGCCUGAAAAAUGUGAAGACAAACCUGAGUGCCACCAACGUAAUGAAACCUUCACACCAACUUAGCUGCUGCAAUUGUGCUAAACGUGGUCAUGAUUCUGCAACAUGUAAAAAUUACCGUUGGUCACGACACUUUCCUACUCCGUCAUAUGUAACCAAUUACAGUACAGGACCUGCUUACGCAGACCACGUUGUUUUCGAGGAUGUAAGCUCUGAUUUCAAUACUGAAGAUCCAUCCACACCAGUUCAAACACUCGCAGAUACUGACGUACGCGUUCGCAACACAGACUUGCCAAGGAGUCAGAAAAAACGGAAACAAGAUAAAGUGCCUCAAGAAAAUUUAAGGACGGAUAUUGUUGACGAACGUAUUGACAAGUCAAGAAAACAGUCAAAAGACCAUAGCAAAUCCAAUGUAGAGAAGUCUCAUAAAAGUACUGAACUUAUGCCGAUGAAUUCUAAGACCACACACGAAAAGGAAACACUCCUGAGGCUCGAAUCUGAACUUUUAAAUGAUAGUUUUACACAAGCAUCAGAUUUAAGUAAAUCUGUAGAGUCAUUAUCUACUGAUCAGUGCAAAGAUUUGGUAGAAUCAGAUUUAAGUCGUCAAUUUUUGCACAAUUUAAUCACACAGUUUCCUGUGAUAUUGGUAGUUGAACGUUUCGGAAGAGAAGAAGUUGUCAUGACCAUUACUGGAACAGAGAAACUUCCUGGUGCGUUAAAACCAAUUAUCAUGGAUUGGUUGAGUUGGCCAGUUGACGAAAGAAGCAGAUUUGUAGACCUAAAUUUACCAAAGACCAAGAAAGCACUGAUAGAUUUGUUGUGGUGCAAGUUAAAUGAAUUGGAACAAGAUCUAGGUGAUCCAAUUGAAAUAUUCAGGAAUGUAAAAUCGUUGAAAGACCGAUUACAGAGUAUGCAACAGCAAUUACCAACUGGGAAAAUAGUUGCCUCGUCAAAACGUGUGAAUGUUGUCUCGGAAUUGGCGAAGUCACAGUGCAAGCUUAAUAUGAUUUUAGUUGGGCAAUCUAAAACAAAAAAAUCCGAGAAGAGUUGCAGAUAUUUAAGGCAAGCUCUACGCAGUAUGCAAGAGAACGAUAAUACAAAUCAUGUCAGCGCCCACAGUAGUGACAGUAUGCAACAGAUCGAUAAUCAAAAUCAUGUAAAGGCCUCAAUGUAUCUUCAAAUUGUCCAUCAUUACAACAAAAUAUUUGCAGCAUACACACCACCUAACAUUUCACAUUUGCUCAGUCACUAUAAGCAAAAACAGAAAAGUGGUCAAGUAAUAUUAAAGAAGAGAAAAGAGAAAAAGAAGAAAAAAAAAUCCAAAAUGAAAAUGCAACCAGAUUAUAGAAAUUACAUUAUGUCACUUAACAGAGUAAAUCAGGACCAUGAUAUCAAUUCCACAUCGUCGGCUGGCUCCAACGUUUUAUUCGCUGCAAGUAAUCAAAUCUCACCAAAAGGUGUAAACAGUAGCAGAGAGGGUAAAUGCACUACUGUUAACAGAAAUGUCAACUGCAACAUUGAAGUUCAGUUGCAAGCCUCGAGUACGGAUGUUAAUAAGACCAAUCGCGAUCUGGAGCGCAACUUCCCACAACCUCUGCCUCUGUUGAUACACAAUCAGAACAGUAUGGAGAAAAAUUAUUAUAAUCUGAAGUACAACUUUGACAAUAUUUCGGCUACAAAAAAACAAGGAGGACGCACAAGAGUUCCGGAAAGUGUCCAACAUGCCUAUUCCAUAAACAAUGUAGAUCGCAGUUUGCAGAACCGCAUUGAAAAUAAUUUCAGGAGAACAUCGAAGGGAAUUGAUCGAACCGAUACAUUACAAAGGAGUGGAUCAUCGAAGGCAACAGAAAAUGAGUUUUCAGAUAUUCCUGAAGUUAGUUUUCAGGGAAACUUGUCGUCCGAAAGGAACAGAUGGCAAGACAGCUAUGCUCUCCGUAAAAACUCUAUCCAGGAUAAUUUUAUAUCUGACAGGCAAUCUGAAACAUCUGAAUAUGUUUUUAUAAACAAUACUCACGAUUUCCCAAAUAUUGAGUAUGACAGACCCAAUGCACACACUACUUCAAGCCUUGCUAUGUAUAACCAUUCGUUAGACACAGCUAUUAAUGAAAGUCCUGGUUUUACUACUGAAACUGAAAGACAUAAAGUUAAUAAGAAAGAUAGAAAGAAGAAACCGAGUCCUGAUGGAAAAUUGCCUCUGUACUUGCAGAAACGUGUUGCAAGAAAAGUGGAGAAAUAUAUAAACUCCGAACACCCCAGCAUUGCCCAAAAAGCCAGAGAGCUGCAACACAAACUUGGACAGAAAUCUCUCACGUUGCACUGCACAUUAGACUUUGAAAGAUUGAUCAGACGUCAAUUAGAAAAAAAUGACCACUUGUUGUCAAAAAGAUAUUAGUAACUGCUACUAAUCACAAGUACAAUUAUUCCCUUUUUUUUUCUUUUUAUUUUUGCACAAAGUAAUUUUUUAUUAAGUAAUCGCACCGUACAUUUUUCAUACCGUUAUAAGUGGAUUACACAACAAAUGUGUUAUUUUACUUACUCUGUACGUACGCAAAUGUGCAAUUAGCGAUAAGAUGUUUUUUUCUUUUUUUUUUUCGUUAUCACUUUUGUACAUGAGAAAUGUAUAAGAAAGUUCUGUGAUUGGGAAUUUAGCAGUUUUACGUUACAAAUUAUAUUUCAUAUACAAUUACUAUUGACAAGAUGAUCACUAGUUGGUAGGGAAUUUCUUGUUCACCUUUUCACGAGAAAACUGGUUAAAACACUGUUAAAGAAUGUAUAUAAAUACAUAAAGUGUAAGCAAUAAAAACCAACAAACUAUUUUAAU